CCGCAGCAUCCGGGUCCCAAACGAACCCGUCCGCGCGGAGAAAGAGGUGUUCUGAGCGCGAGGCUCCGGUAACCCCCCCUCGGGAAAACAAAAAACCGGAGCCAGAAAUGCCCCACCGCCCAGCUGCGGACUGCCUUAACGGGCUCAUGUGAUGCUUUUCAUAUGCUUAUGAUUUUUUUUUUUUUUAUUUUCGUAAUCGAUUUCUGGCAGUUUUGACGUUAGUUCGCGUGCUAAUUGGCUAGCUAUCGAUUGAUGGGUGUUGUGGCUGUGAGCGCUGGUUUAUAGUGUUUGCUAUCCGGCCCAGCAUACUGAUAUUAAGGCUCUUACCCGCGGCUUUGGCGCCUCGGUGUUUCUUCAUCCAGCACAGACCACGAAGAAGCUGGAGCAAAAUAAGAAGAAUGGGUGCGUUCUUAGACAAGCCAAAGAUGGAGAAACACAAUGCUCACGGGGAGGGGAACGGCCUGCGCUACGGACUCAGCAGCAUGCAGGGCUGGCGUGUGGAGAUGGAGGACGCGCACACGGCUGUGAUAGGGCUGCCUUACAGCCUCGGCCUGUGGUCUUUUUUUGCUGUGUACGAUGGGCACGCAGGCUCUCAGGUUGCCCGUUACUGCUGUGAGCAUCUGCUGGAACACAUCACCAGCAAUCCGGACUUCAGGGGAGGCUCCUCAGGAGGUGGGGACUUAAUUAACGCUGAGCCCUCCGUGGAGAGUGUGAAAUGUGGGAUCCGCACAGGCUUCCUGCAGAUCGACGAGCACAUGCGGGCCAUGUCCGAACGCAAGCACGGAGCGGACCGCAGCGGUUCCACGGCGGUGGGCGUGAUGAUUUCCCCUCAUCAUUUUUAUUUCAUUAACUGCGGUGACUCCAGAGCCUUGCUGAGCCGCAAGGGUCGCGUUCACUUCUUCACCCAGGACCACAAGCCUAGUAACCCCUUGGAAAAGGAGAGAAUCCAGAACGCAGGUGGUUCAGUUAUGAUCCAGAGGGUCAAUGGCUCCCUCGCCGUCUCCCGCGCUCUCGGCGACUUCGACUAUAAGUGCGUGCAUGGGAAAGGCCCCACUGAACAGCUGGUGUCCCCGGAGCCAGAAGUGUAUGAGAUCGAACGCUCUGAGGCUGAGGAUGAGUUUGUGGUGCUGGCCUGCGAUGGCAUUUGGGACGUCAUGGCCAAUGAAGAACUGUGUGAUUUUGUGCGCUCGCGCUUGGAAGUGACAGAGGACCUGGAAAGAGUGUGUAAUGAGAUUGUGGACACCUGUUUGUACAAGGGUAGUCGAGAUAACAUGAGUGUGGUGCUGGUAUGUUUUCCUGGCGCCCCAAAAAUCAACCCAGAAGCCGUGAAGCGAGAGGCGGAGCUAGAUAAGUACCUGCAGAACAGAGAGGGCGCAGCAUGUAAAAAGGCGAAUAAAUAAAAUGUAUUACGAAGACGGAGAGAGCUAUAGAAAGUGAGCAUUUCUUACUUAAUUAGGUGAGUUUGUUAGAUGGCAGUUUACACUUGCCAAUGAAGUAUGCGUUACAGUUAACGUAAAGUUUCCAAUUAACGAAUCCCCAUAUUGGAGAGGAACGACUCACUGGUACUGUAUUAGCACAGUUAGGACUAUUCAGGAUCAAUUAUAACCAGAGAGAAAUACCACAGUGUGAAUUUAUUUGAGCAUAUAUUGAUAAUUAGAGGCCUUUAAUUAUUUAUUGCCAAUAUUGAAAAGCACUUACACGAUGUAGAGGUAACCUGUAGCUUUACCAGAGGUUUUACUGUAGUGCAUCUGAGAAUCCUCCGCUCCAGUGCGUAUUAUUAGCUACUAAGUGAUGGUGAGUAAGUGCAAUUGUAGAUUAGGAAAAAGGAAUGAUGAAAACCCAACAUUUGGCUCUGCACUUUUUCAUUAAACGCUGCUAUACUUAAAGGCAUCUUCUAAUAAUAAGAGAGAGACCAAAUUUGAGAUCUCAGAAUACGAUAUGUUUAUGUGUUCGAACAGAUUUAAUACAAAGUGUAGUUUUGCGUUCUGUUUGUGACCGUGCGUUCUUCAGAUAGUUGUAUUCAUCCACUUGUACAAGCAUGUGUUUAAGUCUGGCACUCGUUUCAUUUGCAUCUUUCUGAAAAGUCGUUCUAAAUGAGAGUGAAUGUCAGGCCUCCACUGCUGAUUACCUGAAAUUGUAGCUGACACUGCUGUACGUGGCCUGAUGGUGCAUUUUCGUGUCUACAGCAGUGCCCAUGAGCAUUUUAAAUCUGCAUGAUUCCUGUUCUGUAAUAUGGAACAUUGUUGCCUUAGUCCUAAUUUACAGUGACUACCUUGAUUAGAAUCGAUAGGUUAGCACUUGGUUUCCAACCCCAGCUGCUUGGAAGAGUAGAAUUAAAUCCAGUGGACACAUGGUACUGAAAGCAUGCACUGUACCGAUAGCACGAUAAGUUGUGUACACCUCUUGCAUGUACGCUACAUUAAGAAAAAACAGGGAUAGACCUUAUUUAGAGUUAAGUUGGUCUGACAGAAGUUUUAUACUUUGUACAGUAUACAUUUGUAACCCCCUGAGGAACAGCUUCCGUGUGAACUGAACACAGUAUUUGAAAGAUUGUGUCGAUGUUUUACAAUCCUCUCCGAGUUGUUUACUACUUGUUGCCUCAAACUAACACUUUGUCAAUCCUCUGGUUUGUCUAUAGAACUAUUAAGACAAAGUCAUUUAUUUAGGAAAUUCUUGGUGCAUAGAAUGGGAUUCAGCCUGUCAGCAUUUUUUGAGAUGUAAAUCCUUGUUGGUACAAUGAUUAGUCAUUUAUAGGACAAUGGUACACUGUUUUUGUGUCUGUAAAACCCAAGAUUUGGCUUUGUUUUGUCCUUCUGUACCUAAGAUUUUGGAAGCGCCUCAUUGAAUUUUCAGUUUUUGAGCCCUUUGGAUGUGUCCAAACAUGGCGUGACUUAACAAAAUUUUAGCGACAAGCAAUUUGUCUAAUGUUUAAUCGAUAGUUCACUGAAAAAUGAAAAUCAUUUACUCAGUCUCAUGUUUUUUUUCAAACUAAUUGAAAACUUUGGUUCCCCUUAACUUUCAUAACAUGAAUACAAUCAGAGUUAUAUAAAAAAAAAUGACCUGGCUAUUCCAAGAUUUAUAAUGGCAGUGAAUGGGUGUUGAUAUUUUGAAAUCCAGUAAAGUGCAUUCAGUUCAUCAUAAAAAGUACUCCACAUGGCUGAGGGGGGUUAAUCAAGGCCUUCUGAAGUGAAUUGAUGUAUUUGUGUAAAACAAAAAUAUCCAUAUUUAAAACUUCAUAAACAGUAAUUUAUAGCUUCCGCUAAUUGGCGUAUACAAGUUCAUAAGGGAGUGGUAUUUUAAAAGAUGGUGUAGGUGUAGCGUAAGCGCUGGUGAAAAGUGACGAACAUGAAAACAUAGUGGAGUGAGCAGAACAAAAUACCAGGAUUCGUACAAGGUGCUUACAAUGGUUGAAGUACUUGAAUGUGACUUUGAAAUUUAAGGCCUGGAAAACACUUGAAAAAAGCAAUAUUCCUGAAGAAGUACUUAAAGUGCUUGAAUUGUUAAAAGAUAGUGUAUCUAAGACAUAAGUGUUUAAUUUUUUUCAAUAAUCAAUUAAUGUUAACAGACACACCAAAUCAGUUCAGUCUUUUACGCUGGUAACUGCUCAGACUGAUUCAAACUGAUGACUCCAUCAUGCAUUUAAAGCGAUUCAAAAACCAGAUCAUAUUGAAAGCCAUUUUGAGUCAAAUUUAAUCAUCGCUUGUAACGAUUUUAAAAAGUAGAAAUGGGUGAAACUGAGCUUUUCGAAACUCCUAAACAGUUAAUUGUGUCACAAAAUGAUUCACUCUUUCGAAGUGCUCCAAUCAGAUUGUGUAUCACGAAUCAUUUGAUUCAGAUUGAAAUGGGUUUAUGAAUCAUUUUGCGAAAUUAAUGAUUCAAAUCAAAUGAUUUGCGAUGCACUAUUCAGAUCAGGAUUUCUGAACCAUUUUGUGAAUCUUUUUUUCUGAAUCCAUUUCCAUUGACCCAUUUCGUGAAUCUUUUUUGUUUCUGCCAUUAAGGCAGUACUGUUCUCUAAAAUACAGAUCCCUUAAGAAAAUUAACAGUGGUUUUAGUAUAGUGAAAGUGUUGUAUAUUUAAUAAUACUUUAGUAGUAGUACUUGCAUGUGAUUCACUGUAUUUUUGCCUUUUUUUAAUUUUAGUUAGUUUUUAAUUUGAUAUUGAAGACAUCAUAAGUGAGAUCUCUUAUAGAGUCCUUGAAAAUCAAUAAAGUAGUGCUUGAAAAGUCUUUGAAAGCCCUAGAAUUUCAUUUUAAAGUAUCUGUAUGAAACCUGGAAGUACUAAACGAGGAUUUAUAAAGAAAAAUAUUAGAGGAUUUCAACAUAAGCCACAAGGAGACAAAUUUUUUUCUUUGCUGUAAAUACAACUUCUUGUGAGACUAGCAUAUUCUCACCGCUGGGACGCCACUCUCUCGCAAACACACAUACGACAAGAGAUAAGCUAGAGAUUACGGUUUAUAAAAUUUUAAAUAGGCGGAUCGAUUCACUUCAGAAGGCCUUUAUUAACCCUCGGAGCCCUGUGGAGUACUUUUUAUGAUGGACAGAUGGACUUUAUUGGACUUCAAAAUCUCAACACCCAUUCACUGCCGUUAUAAUGCUCGGAAGAGCCAGAACAUUUUUUAAAUACAACUCCGAUUUGUCUGGAAGAAGAACGUCAAACACCUAGGAUGGCUUGAGGGUGAGUAAAUUAUGGGGUAAUUUUCAUUUUUGGGUGAACUAUCCCUUUAAAUAUAGGAAAUUUUCUGUUGUGGAUAGGUCUACCAGUGCACCACAAGAGGAAAAGAAACUUUUUUUUUUUUUUUUUUUUUUUAUCAAGUCGCGCCUUGUUACGGAAACUAAUUUUUUUUGCCUACGUUAGUAAAGCAUGGUUCCUUUUCUUUAGCAAAAUUUUCCCUUUUAACCAAAAGAUCCCACACAUUCUUUGCUAUUUUAGCUUUAAGAUAUGUUUAACUGAAUGAAAAACAUAGUGUGCCUGCUCUAAGAGAGAACUCUCAAGAUUAAAAUGAUUGUAGGUCAUUCCUGUAUCAGUAUAUCAGUUUCAUUUUGCUUUGGUGUGCUGUCGUAUCUCCUCACUGUUUGACAUAGCUUGAUAAUCCACAGUUUAUUAAAUCAGCCUUAAUUAUUUUCUUCCAUAAUAGCACAUCUGAGAUCUGUAAGCUUUGAUGAUUUGUAUACCUACAAAGAGUGACUAGGUUUUUCUGGAAGAGCCUUUAAUUGUGCCUAAGAGUGAGUCUAUGGCCAGUUGUAGCAUUCAGAUGAGUCUUUUAAGAUGACGUUAUUCGUUUUGUAACAUUACUCAAGCUUAAUUUCAGCUUGUGCAUUUGGUAGCACAUUUGGCCCCUUACAGAAAGUGCCAUGCGAGUGAUUUUAAACCAUUCACCUGAGAUUAUCGCUGCACAAAGCACAACCCAAACCCCCAUCGAGUCAAACAUGGGGUGAAAAUAUUGCCUUACUGAAAAACAAAGCAGGCAUUAAAUGGGCCAUAAGGUAUUGUAGGAGAUUGCCUUGAUUUCUAACACUGUAGCACCAUCAAAUUGAGGGAAAAGUCUGUACUUCAGUUUUAAGUUCAUUGGAUUUCGAGUGAAGCAGCCGACUGCGAAUAAAAUAGGCUUUUGUAA